GUCAGAGGCACAACUCAUCCAAAACGAUUGAAGAGUUGAAGUCACAAUCUUCCUGAUAAAUUGGCUGAGAGUAUAUAGCUUUUAUGCCUGUAGAGAUACCCUGCUUUGAGGUCAAUCGUCCCCUCAAUGCACCCCGGCAGAUGAAUCUCUGCUCCAGACUACCAAGCGCUUGCUACCAUACUUAUUGAUGUUCUCUUCAACAGAGACCCAGUCUAAGCUCUAUUGAGACAGAAUAACAAGAUGACUGUACCGUCAUCAUCAGUGUCAUGCCCCUUCUGCCGCAUCGCAGCAGCAUAUCCUCCCAUCCCACCAUCGACAUUUCAUCCUCAGCAGAAACAGGAUGGCGCACAAGAAUCGGCUAUCAUCCCCACAGAUACGACGCAAGAAACGCACGCGCACCUUGUACUCUCGACUCCAUAUAUCCUGGCCUUUUUGGACAUCAUGCCAUUGACAAGGGGCCAUGUUCUCGUCGUCACGAGAGAUCACUACGAGAAGUUGAAAGACAUGGGCGUGGAAGUCAGCAGAGAGAUCGGCCAGUGGCUCCCUAUCAUCUCGCGGGUCGUGAUGAGAACUGUCUUUGGCACGGAGGCAGAAUCAGACUGGAGUUGGAAUGUGGUGCAGAAUAAUGGCAUAAGGGCCGCACAGCAGGUUCCCCAUGUGCAUUUCCAUGUCAUUCCCAGGCCGCCGCUGGAUCCUGCGCCUACUGCAGCCAAAAUGAGUUUCGUCAUGUUUGGGCGGGGGCAGAGGGAUGAACUGGAUGACGAGGAGGGAGAGACGUUGGCCAAGGCGUUGAGAGAGGAGCUGGCGAAGGAAGUUCGCCGAGUGGAAGAGAGGGAAGGCGUUGAUUUGAAUGUGACGGCUACGGAUGUGCGGUAUCAGAGGAUGAAGGGGAAGCUGUGAGAUUGCAGCCUUGUGCUGCUCUUCGUUAUAUGUGUGUUGAUGUAUGAUACCUACGUCGCGUUCUAUCUUUUG